AACCAGAACCAGUCUACCGCCUUGUGAUGUGUCACAAGCGAAUCACAUGAUCACGCAGUUCCUCACAUUACACUUACAGUAUCGAAGUGAAAUGGACCGCCUAGUUUCAUGUCUGUUAGUAGCCACAGCGCUAGGCCUCGUAUAUUGUGCUGCGGCCACGUCUGUCUUUCCUCUACACAAGCCACUCUCAAAAGAGCUCAUUCACUACGUCAAUAAAAUAAAUACAACGUGGAAGGCAGGACACAAUUUUGAUGCAUUGAAGAUCAGUCAUGUGAGGAAUCUUCUUGGGGUUAUUCCACACCCUAACAACUACAAACCACCGCUGAAGUGGCAUAAGGAGACUGGCGAUAUUCCAGAGCGUUUCGAUCCAAGGGAACAGUGGCCAAACUGUCCGACAUUGAAGGAGGUGCGAGAUCAGGGAUCAUGUGGUUCCUGCUGGGCGUUUGGUGCAGUGGAGGCCAUGAGCGAUCGCAUUUGCAUCGCGUCCGGAGGCAAAGCGAAUGUGCACAUCUCGGCUGAAGAUCUGCUAUCCUGCUGCGACGAAUGUGGAAACGGGUGCAAUGGUGGCUUCCCGUCGUCCGCUUGGGACUUUUGGACACAGCAGGGCCUAGUGAGCGGUGGCCAGUAUGACACGAAGGAGGGCUGCCGACCAUACAGCGUCGCUAAGUGCGAACAUCACGUGAACGGCACGCUGCCGCCGUGCGAGGGCAUUGUUGACACUCCUCGCUGCAAUAAGAAGUGUGAGAGCAGCUUCCCAGAAACUUACCAGCAGGAUCUGCAUCUCGGAAAGUCUUCAUAUUCAAUUGCUGAUCGGGUGACCCAGAUUCAGACUGAGCUGAUGAAAAAUGGCCCCGUCGAGGGCGCUUUCACUGUGUACGCUGACUUCCCCAGCUACAAAAGUGGUGUAUACCAGCAUGUAACUGGUGCUGCAAUGGGAGGCCAUGCCAUAAAGGUCAUGGGGUGGGGUGUUGAGAAUUCUGUACCAUAUUGGCUUGUUGCUAACUCCUGGAAUCCAACCUGGGGUGAUAGUGGUUUCUUCAAGAUACUGCGUGGAAGCAAUGAGUGUGGGAUAGAGAGUGAAAUAGUUGCAGGAGAGCCGAAGAUAUAGGAAUUAAAUGUUCAUUCACAUUCCACCUAAUAAUGUAAUAUUCGUCAAAUUAUAUUACGUGAAUGAUAUCCAUUAAUUAAAUAUAAAUAGGACUAAUAUUUGUUACCUGCUGCUUAAUUAUAUAUAUUCUAAUAUGCUGUUGAUUAAAUUGUGUGAUGCAUAUAGGUAAAGGUUUUUGUGGAUGUGAAUCGGUGAAUGUGUAGGGGCUACAUUAGAUAAAUAAACGGGGUACUUAUGUUUUUGCUAAAAAUGGGAUCUUUUUGUAAGUUUUGAAUAUAAAUUUAAAUGUAGCUCCGUA